AUGAGCCUUCAUGAUCAGCGGCUAUCAUCCUACAAUAAGAAGAGAAAUAUUUGCGCACCAGAAUUGUUCUUCCAAAAACUUGUACGAUGUUUGAGAAAGUGGAUAGGCAAAAUAUUGUGGGUCACGAUCAACGCACAGAAAUGCUCAGAGCUUCUUUACAAAAUAUUAUACGAAAGAAAAACUCCAGGUAUGGACAUCUAUGAUACUCCUGAUCAACCUGGAAGCUUAAAAUGGUUCCCAUGGUUGGUACUUUGUGCCCAAAUUUUGGGACUUGGCUCGGUCAUUCUUGUGGCCGUAUGGCUUGGACAAUACAGAGGUGGUUUUGCAUGGCAAAGUGAUGUGAGCAAAGAAUUCAACUACCAUCCACUCUUCAUGGUACUUGGGAUGAUAUUCCUCUAUGGAGAUGCCAUCUUGGUGUACAGAGUUUUCAGGAAUGGUCGCAAGACAUAUAUAAAGAUUUUGCAUGCCAUCAUGAUGUUGUUGUCACUCAUUUUUUCAUCUGUUGGUCUCAAAGCUGUCUUUGAUUCUCACAAUUUGGCCGAAAAACCAAUUCCAAACAUGUACAGCCUUCAUUCCUGGAUUGGAUUAGCCACAGUUCUUUUAUUUGCUUUACAGUGGAUAUUUGGUUUUUCAUCUUUUUUGUUACCGAACAUGAGUCAACAAUGGAAACAAAAUCUGAUGCCGUUUCAUGUGUUCUUUGGAAUGGCCAUCUUUUGUCUUGCAUUGGCAUCAUCACUCACUGGACUCACAGAAAAGGCAUUUUUUGUUCUGAAGUCUAAUUAUGCUACCAGCCCGGAAGGUGUCCUCAUCAAUAGUCUUGGCCUUGUUCUUAUAUCUUUUGUCAUGUUAAUAAUCUACAUUGCGAGCCGAUCUGAAUACAAACGUUAUCCAUUGCCUGAAGAACGCCACAUACAACUGAUUCUCUUUUUCUUCUUUUCUUUCUUUUUUUUUUCUUUUCUUCUCUUUUUCUUUUCUUCUCUUUUUCUUUUCUUCUCUUUUUCUUUUCUUCUCUUUUUCUUUUCUUCUCUUUUUCUUUUCUUCUCUUUUCUUUUCUUCUCUUUUCUUCUUUUUUUCUUUCUCUUUUCUUUUCUUCUUCUUCUCUUUUCUUCUUUUUUUCCUUCUCUUUUCUUUUCUUCUCUUCUCUUUUCUUCUUUUUUUCCUUCUCUUUUCUUUUCUUCUUCUCUUUUCUUCUUUUUUCCUUCUCUUUUCUUUCUUCUCUUUUUCUUUUUCUUCUCUUUUCUUUUCUUCUCUUUUUCUUUUUUCUUCUCUUUUCUUUUUUUCUCUUUUUUCUUUCUUCUCUUUUCUUUCUUCUCUUUCUUCUCUUUUUCUUUUCUUCUCUUUUCUUUUCUUCUUUUUUUUUUUUUUCUCUUUUCUUUUUCUUCUCUUUUCUUUUCUCUCUUUUUCUUUUCUUCUCUUUUCUUUUCUUCUUUUUUCUUUUCUUCUCUUUUUCUUUUCUUCUCUUUUCUUUUCUUCUCUUUUCUUUCUUCUCUUUUUCUUUCUUCUCUUUUCUUUUUUCUCUUUUUUCUUUUCUUCUCUUUUCUUUUCUUCUCUUUUCUUUUCUUCUCUUUUCUUUUCUUCUUUUUUUCUUUUCUUCUCUUUUUUUUUUCUUUUUUCUCCUCUCUCUCUCUUUCCCUCUCCUCUAAUUAUAUUUUAGUAGAUUCGCCACUGAUUACUGAUUAUCUAUCUAUCUAUCUAUCUAUCUAUCUAUCUAUCUAUCUAUCUAUCUAUCUAUCACAGUAUCUAUCUAUCUAUCUAGCUAUCACAGUCUGUCUCUAUCGAUUUAUCUCUAUCUAUGGGAAAGGGAACGGGAAACCGUUUUUUGUGUAG